AGAGGUUAAAACCAAAUGUCAAAAAAUCGUCCAGGUUACUAGAUUUUGCGACAGUGACGCAUUUUCUGUGCUUUCCGAAGAUCCUCGGCCGGUAAUAUUGUACUCCAAAAGGUUUUAGAAAGAAGUAAAAUGGACAAAGACAGCGCUGCGAUUCAGAAGAAACUCCAAGCUGAAUUGGAACAGUUUCAAGCCGGACAAAAAGAUUUCAGUAAAUUAGUCCAACAAAGACAAAUCCUUGAGGGUCAACUAAACGAAAACAAAUGCGUCCUUGAAGAGUUGGAUCUUUUGAAGUCGGAAAAUCUAGUGUAUAAGCUUUACGGACCCGUACUUGUGAAACAAGAUCUUCAGGAAGCUCGGCAAAAUGUUGGAAAACGUAUGGAAUACAUAAAGAAAGAGUUGAAACGAUGCAAUGAUACAUUGGAAACGCUAGAGAAGAAACAGGAUAAGCAUCGUGAGAGUUUGCAGAAGUUGCAGCAGCAAUACCAAGUUGCCGUGGCUAUGAAGUAGAUACAAGCAGCGAAUGCUCGGAUCAUCGUAAUUCUUACUUUUAAUGCAAACUUCACACGUUUAUUUUUGUCUCAUAAACUUUGUUAUUUUAUAAGCCCUCAUAAAUUAUAUGAAUACUUGAAUAACAGUUGGUAACAUUCGAAAAAUUG